AUGUCGUCCUUGCGGGAGAAAUUUCUUUUGCUGCUGUGGAAAAAAUUCCUGAUAUACAGAAGACAUUACAUUCGAACAUUAGUUGAAUUGUUGCUGCCACUGGUUUUCAGUUCGGUUGUCCUCGUGCUGCCUUUGGUGCCGAUUAAAGACCCGUUGUUUCUACCGUUUGUUUCACAAGCUUCGCUGGAUCUGAGUUCCAACAACUUGACAAUUUUCCCAGCCGGAAAGAAGUUUUUGUACUUUCCGCGAAACAACUUGACCCAGGAAAUUCUGCAGGAGGCAACCUCGGUAUUGGGAAUCGACGGAGCUGCUGGGUUGAGUUAUGAAAAUGAGUUAGAAGGUCUGUUCGAUACUCGUUUCGUGGCUGCCGGUAUUGUGUUUGAAAAGUUCAAUCCGAAGGUGGUAUCUUACGUUUUACGGUACCGUAAAACAUCUGCCCGCGAGCUUCUGGCUGCGCAGCUAGCUAUUUCGAAUGCAAUUGUACGAAGAUUAGUUCCGACUGCGGUGAUUCCACCAAUUUCCGUCCGGCAACGGGAACGCAAACAGAUCAUGAAGAUCAUGGGAUUUUCUUACGGCAUCCAACGGGCGUCUCGGUUUGUAGCGCUGGUGAUCAUGUUUUCGGUUUCCGCGUCAAUGAUUUUGUAUCUGUUGAUGAUUUCGAUGACCACACACUCGAAUUGGUUGCUGGUUUGGAUAUUUUUACUAGUUUACAUGGUUUCCAUUGUUUGUUUCUGUUCGCUGAUCAGUGUGCUGUUCAACAACGGGACCACCGCAGUGGUAAUGGCAGCAAUCGCAUGGUUUUUAUCCGGUUUUCCUGCCAUUGUCAAUCAUUCGUUUACCUGGAAAUUGAUGGUUUCUUUGCUGUCAAACUCAGCAAUGAUCUACGGAUUGCACGCUUUGCUGCAUCACGAAUCGAAUGGAGUCGGUAUAACUUGGUCUACCUGCUGGGAGGGCACAAGUCCCACUGACCGAUACAGUUUCGCAGUUUCCGUUGGAAUGAUGCUACUGGAUUCUCUGCUCUAUAUGGCGACCGUGCUUUACCUGGAACAAAUCCGACCUGACGCCUUUCGAGUACCGAAACCUUGGUAUUUCCCGAUACAGUGGUCCUUCUGGAAAAGACCAAUCCACAAGCGAAGGGUGGUAAGCUGGAUGGAGCCACAGAAAUCUCCCUAUAUUCAACAGGAUCCUAGCUCUCGAAAAGUUGGGAUUCAGAUUCACAACCUUCACAAGAUCAACCAGCGAAAUUUGGUGGCAAUUGCUGACUUCACACUGAAUUUGUACAGAGACCAGAUCACGGUGCUAGUUGGUCACAACGGAGCUGGUAAGAGUACUUUGAUAUCGAUCCUGUCGGGGAUGGUUUCGCCUAGCUCCGGAACUGCCCUGAUCAACGGUUACGAUAUUCAGGAUGCUACCGAAAAAGCGCAAGCCUCAUUAGGAUUCUGUCCGCAGCAUAACGUUCUAUUCGAUGAACUAACGGUUUCGGAACAUCUGCGGUUUGCUGCCAGAAGUAAAACAUUAUCCGAUUCCAGUGUGGAAUCCCGCUAUGCUUCUCUACUGGGUUUGGUAGACGAACUAAACUCUCGCUCCGAUACGCUGUCCGGUGACAUGAAGCGGAAACUGACCGUAGGAAUGGCCCUGUGCGGAGGAUCCAGUGUAGUUUUGCUAGAUGAACCAACCUCUGGAGUCGAUCCGGCGACUCGCAAAGCGAUUUGGGAUUGUCUACUGCGGGAGAAAACCGGUCGCACGAUACUGCUCAGUACGCAUUCCAUGGACGAAGCUGAAGCUCUCGGUGGUCGGAUUGCGAUCAUGGCGGGUGGAGAAUUGACGGCCGUUGGAUCACGGUCAUUCUUGAAAAAGAUGUUCGGCGUUGGAUAUCGGCUGACUUGUGCGAAAGCAGCCGAUGCCCAGGCCGGCAAGUUGCUUAGUGUUCUACAAACAUUCAUCGGGGACUUGGAAAUAGAUGCCGAAAGUGACAGUGAAGUUUCGUUUGUACUGAAACAGGAAACUGCAGAAAAUUUUGAGAAAAUACUUAGAACACUGGAUUCGCAGCUGGAGGCUUGUGGUAUGACAAGCUACCGAAUUAGUUAUGUGACAUUGGAAGAAGUUUUUCUGAAGACCAGUUUAGAAUCUCUUACAACGGAACGUGAUCAUCGUCAGUCAUACACCACUAAACCUGAAUUGCUGAAAGGUUUUCGUCUUGUGCUCAGCCAACUCUGGGCACUAGUUCUCCGGAAAUGGCUUUGCAUUAGCCGGGCUUGGCCAGAACUAGCUGUGCCCACUAUGCUUCCAGUGAUCUGCCUGUCGCUUCUGUUGAUGGCUAAAACCAAAUAUCCAUCGGUACGCUUCUCCGGCGUUGGUCUGGAGAAUCACUUGGACGAAUCGUCGGUUAUCGAAGAAUACAGGUCCCAGUUUCCUAGCGAUCAGUUAUUCAAUUUUUCAGACCACAAUCUGGAAUUCGGUGCCACGUUUACCGAAUUUGAGUACACGGCCUGGUUUAAUGGACGGAACAGUGGACUUGCCUCGAUAUCUUUGAAUCGUAUUCACAAUGCAAUCUUGCGUUCCAAGUGUUCCGAGUGUAGAUUAUCGGUGUACCAACAGACGGUCCCAUCGGAAAAGUCGGUCCGACGGCUUGACCCGAAUCCGUUCCCAGACAUCAGCUUAACUGUAGCGACCAUGUUCUCAAUGUCCAUCGUCGCAGCUACGUUCAUCCCGUGCUACAUUCAAGAACGAAUCGAUCAAGUCAAGCUCCUACUGCGUCUAACCCGUGUCUCCUGCGGCCUUUACUGGAUUGCGAACUUUGUAUUCGACAUACUGCUCUUCAUGGUUUCGGUUGUACUGUUCGUGAUUACCUUAAUCUAUUUCGAUGUUCCCGACUGGUCCGAUAGACGCGAAAUCGUUGAUCUUCUACUGAUAUUUGUCAUGUACGCAAACGCAUUUCUUCCUCAAACUUACCUACUGUCAUUUUGGAUCGAUACCCCAGGUUCCGGAUUUGUCUGUUUGCUAAUGCUGAAUUUAUCCGCUGGGAUAUUUAUCCCACUUGCCUUAAAGCUGGUGACAUACUUCCCGUUCGAACCCGACAGAUAUCUAAGACUCUUACCUAAUUUCGUUCUGUUCGGAGUUGCAAUCAAAUUUGACAACGCCGCGCGAUCGAAGGAACUAUGCGACGUCGUCAAUCCAACCGAUUUCAUUUGCAGUGGCUUGAUGUCCGACUUUUCGAGCUUACUGACAACUGGAGCAUUUUGCUGGACGUUAAUCGGUUGUCUUGAACAAAAUCUACAUCGAAGACUACAGUGCCCGAGACCGGUUCGUUCGAUUGCCGGUAAUCUACGCGGUGUUGAUUCGGAUGUGCUUGAAGAAAGACGACACGUCAGCCGAAUGACUGUUUCUGAAAUUGGUCAGCACAGUGUGGUUCUGAAACAGUUGAGUAAACGUUACGGAUCGGUCGAAGCGGUACGGCGUUUAAGUUUGGCACUGAAGUCCGGUGACUGUUUCGGUUUUCUGGGUAGUAACGGAACUGGCAAGACAACCGUCUUCAAAAUGCUCGUCGGCGAUGAAAGCAUCUCCUCGGGAGAGGUCUGGUUCAGCGGAACCGCUGGGAACCAAUUCGAAACGUCGAUAGGCUAUUGUCCACAGUUUGGUGGCUUGCAGGGUUACCUCACUGGGAUGGAUCAUUUUCGAGUAUUCGCACUGCUCAACGGAAUUCGUAAAGCCGAUCGGAUCGAAACAGUUUCCGGACUGGCUGAAGACUUGUCUCUCUGUAAGUAUCUAAAUGAGUGUACGCUGAAUUACAACACUAUUAGCAAACGAAAGCUUAGUGUUGCGCUGGCAUUGAUGGGUCCUUCAAUAGUUUUGCUGGAUGAACCAAGCAGCUGUAUGGAUCCCAAGUCCAGUAAACAGUUGUGGAACGUCAUUCGCAAUGUCCGUGAUGCAGGAAAGACCGUAAUUCUGGCCACUCAAAGAGUCGACGAAGCUGAAGCACUUUGCACGAAACUGGCUUUUAUGGUCGGUGGAGAACUGAAAUGUCUCGGAUCAAUUCAGCAUUUAAGCCGCCGAUUUUCGGAAGGUUUCACAAUCGACAUCCGUAUGAUGAAGGCGGAUAAAUCAGUUCUACUUGAUCGAAUAGCCAAGGUAAAAGCAUUCAUCAAUCGCCGCUUCAGCAACGCACAGAUGAGGGAGCAACAGGCAGAAUAUUUAAACUUUUUUGUUUCGAAAACAGACCUGAAAUGGUCAAUAAUUUUCGGUAUCAUGGAAGCAUCCAAGCAACCACUGAAGAUUGAAGAAUUCGCCUUCAGGAAGAUUAGCUUGGAGCAAGCGUUUUCGAAUUUGAUGAUGGAUUGA